CAUGAAAGGGGAACUCAGGUGGGGGGUUCUGGCUCCUUUACGGGAGGGGCAGACCCCUGAAAGGAGGAGGUGUGGCGGGAUCGGGGCCCCUCUCCAGCAGGGUCAGGCUCCCUCAGCAUGGCCCUUGUAGCGCUGCCUGUUGCAGCUGGCGCACGAAGCCAGCCAUCUCCCUACCCGCUGGGAGCAGCGGCAGGUGUGUUUGCUGGUUCCAGGCUGGGGCCAGGACUCCUGGGUUCUCUCCCUGGCUGUGCAGGGAGUCAGCCUGUUGAGCAGGCGGAGACCCACAACUCCUGGAUUCUGUUCCUGACUCUGCCACAGCCGCCUGCUCCCCUCUGAGCUGCAGCUUCUCCAGCUCUGCAAAGGGGGCGAUCAUGCUGCCUCCCCUCCCAGGGCCGUGUGAGGCUUAAGUCACUGAGGCAUGUAAAGAGCAUCAAUAUGAAAAGUGCUGGAUAUCAUCAUUGGAGGGAAGGUGCAGCCCAAGGAGAGAGCAGGUCCCUGCGAUACAAUCAACUUAUUUAUACGGCACAUUUUCUACAACAUGGAAGGCAAAUUACUCGACAGGCUGCAUCAAUAACAGGGCAAGAGAACAUCAGGGACAGGACUUCAGGGUUAAGCCCAAGUGCCCCCCAAAUUCUGCACCCUGUCCAGGCCUGUGUUAAUAACGAUCCCUGGCUUUUAGAGAGCCGUUGCAUCGGUGGAUCUCACAGCACCUUGCAGACAAGCAGGUUUGUUUCUGGCUGGCAGAGACGAUGCCAUUGAAAGCAGCGGCGUGACUGCCCCGGCCCCACCAUGCCCUUUUCCGACUUUGUCUUAGCGCUGAAGGACAAUCCCUACUUCGGGGCUGGCUUUGGCCUGGUAGGGGUGGGCACGGCUCUGGCUUUGGCCCGGAAGGGGGCCCAGUUUGGGGCGGUUGCUUUUCGCCGACACUACAUGAUCACCUUGGAGGUGCCCAGCAAGGACAAGAGCUACCAGUGGCUGCUGAGCUGGAUCUCGCACUAUGCCAAGCACACGCAGCACCUGAGCGUGGAGACCUCGUACCUGCAGCACGAGAGCGGGCGCAUCAGCACCAAAUUCGACUUUAUCCCCAGCCCUGGGAACCACUUCAUCUGGUAUCGGAGGAAGUGGAUCCGCAUUGAGCGGAACCGAGAGAAGCAAAUGAUUGACCUGCACACGGGGACCCCCUGGGAGUCAGUGACGUUCACAGCCCUGGGCACCAAGCGGGAGAUCUUCUUCAACAUCCUCCAGGAAGCCAGGGAACUGGCUCUGAGGCAGCAGGAGGGGAAGACAGUCAUGUACACGGCCAUGGGUGCCGAAUGGCGGCCGUUUGGGUUCCCGCGCCGCCGCCGGCCGCUCGCCUCCGUGGUGCUGGAGAAGGGGAUCGCGGAGAAGAUCGUGCAGGACGUAAAGGAGUUCAUCAAUAACCCCCAGUGGUACAGUGAGAGAGGAAUCCCGUACAGGAGGGGCUAUUUGCUUCACGGGCCCCCGGGCUGCGGGAAAAGCAGCUUCAUCACGGCCCUGGCCGGGGAGCUGGAGUACGGCAUCUGCCUGCUGAGCCUGAGCGACCGCAGCCUCUCCGAUGAUCGCCUCAACCAUCUCCUCAGCGUGGCGCCGCAGCAGAGCAUCAUCCUCCUGGAGGACGUGGACGCGGCCUUCGUCAGCCGGGACCUCGCUGCGGAGAACCCAACUGCCUACCAGGGCAUGGGACGGCUGACCUUCAGCGGCCUCCUCAACGCGCUGGAUGGCGUCGCCUCCACGGAGGCCAGGAUCGUCUUCAUGACCACCAACCACGUGGACAGGUUGGACCCAGCCCUGGUGCGCCCUGGCCGGGUGGAUCUGAAGCAGUACGUGGGACCCUGCUCCCGCUGGCAGAUUUCCCGCAUGUUCCAGCGCUUCUACCCAGACCAGCCGGCGGCUGCUGGGGAGAAGUUUGCAGAGCAGGCCCUGCGCGUCGCGGAGCAGAUCAGCGCCGCCCAGGUGCAGGGCCACUUCAUGCUGUAUAAAGCAGACCCAGCCGGGGCCAUUGAAAACGUGCAGUCGAUUUCACUGUGAGCGAGGCGGGCGCCCUCACGGGGGAGGGGCUUGCAGCGCCAGUGCUGGGAGUGACUCAUGGCGGACUCGAUCACCGUGAGGAUGCUGCUCUGGGCCAGUCCCAUGGAGCUGCUCGCUCUUGUUUCACUACCUCAACAAGGCCUUGGGUUUCUAUUAAAAUAUAAAGAGAACUAGGA